AUGGGAGGUCCAAGUCUUCCGGGGCCCACUCUUCCGGGGGCCCAGUCUUCCAGGGGCCCCACUCUUCCGGGGCCCACUCUUCCGGUGGCCCACUCUUCCGGGGCUCCACUCUUCCGGGGGCCCCACUCUUCCGGGGCCCACUCUUUCGGUGGCCCACUCUUCCGGUGGCCCACUCUUCCGGGGGCCCACUCUUCCAGGGGCCCCACUCUUCCGGGGCCCACUCUUCCGGUGGCCCACUCUUCCGGGGGCCCCACUCUUCCGGGGGCCCCACUCUUCCGGGGCCCACUCUUUCGGUGGCCCACUCUUCCGGUGGCCCACUCUUCCGGGGGCCCACUCUUCCAGGGGCCCCACUCUUCCGGGGCCCACUCUUCCAGUGGCCCACUCUUCCGGGGGCCCCACUCUUCCGGGGGCCCACUGCAACCGGAAAUUACGGACUGGGAUUGA